AUGAUAGAAGUUAUGGAGGACAUUACAGAGAUGUUGCUACUUUUCAGACUCUUGAAUUAUGAGUCUUUGCUGAAGGAGGUGGAUUCCCUGAUUUAUGUCGACACUGAUGUAUUGUUCUUGGCACCACUUGAAGAGUUAUGGAAACACUUUUCUGCCAUGAAUUCAUCACAAAUGGCUGCUAUGGCUCCAGAACAUGAAGACUUGGCAACAGGCUGGUAUAAUAGAUUUGCUAAACACCCUUACUAUGGUAGAUUAGGUGUUAAUUCAGGUGUGAUGCUGAUGAAUUUGACUCGACUUCGCAAAUUUGGCUGGGAGGAUUAUGUGAUUCCAAUAUACAAGCACUACAAGCUAUCCAUUAUAUGGGGGGAUCAGGAUAUCAUCAACAUAAUAUUUCAUUAUCACCCUGAUAAAUUGUAUGUGUACGGUUGUGAAUAUAAUCUCCGUCCUGAUCACUGCAUGUACAUGAGUGUUUGUAAAGCAGCAGAGAAGAAGGGAGUGUAUGUACUUCAUGGGAACAGAGGAACUUUCCACAGCGAUAGGCAGCCUGCUUUCAGAGCUGUUUACAGGGCAUGGGAAGAGUACCAUCUUGGUGAAGACCUGAGGCAAGAUCUGUACUACCCUAUGCAACGAUAUCUUUUGAAGGUCUCCAACACCACGUGUGGUAAAAUUUAUAAUGCGUUUUUAAAGAAUCUUGGCUCUAGAGUAAGGUUAAGAUGACAGGGUCUAAAUUAAAACAGAAGUAUAACAAAUUUUUCCAAAGUUAGAUGUAUCUUUGUUACAGUUAUGCUGAUCUAUGCUUCCAGUGUGACCUUUUAUAUGUGCUAUUUGUAGAACGCAAAAUUAGGAUCUCAUAUUAGGGCCCAUCUUGGUAACAUUAUAAAAAAAGUCAUAUGUUUAAAGCAUAUGGAAACUAUUUUAACGCCAUCAGGUUUUGUCUGUCUUCUGGGGCCAUUUGGCCUAAAGGGUGGGGAAGAGGCAGAAAUAGCAUUUUCUUGAUCAAGCAAAUGCAUUCUUCCACAGCCUGAAUUUUUUGUCACUUUCAAGGGUUAGUGGGAAUUUGUCACCCAAAUAAGAUAGAGGUAUUGGUCAGAGAUAAGACUACCUCAUUAGUUUUUAAGGGCCAUCAUAUUCCUGGACUUGCAAGUUUUUAAGUAUUUAGCUGAUUAAAAAAUUGGAAAAACUGAUUUAACAUCAAAGUUCACUUUAGAGGCUUCCAAAUUUUUUUCAAAUAAAUAAUAUUGCCUUUUUUAUGUCACAUUUUAGUAGCAGUUGCUAUUAACAUACAUGUGUGAUUCAAGGUAUCACCAUUAAACCUAUGGUAUUUUAAAGCGUCUUCACUGAUGGAUCUUAAAAGUGCUUUAUUUAUUUAUGAUGAUUGUUUAAGGAAGUGUGUGCAAAAUUGGUUUAUGUGCUACAUGAAGAAUUACUACGGGAAUGUGCAAAUAAUACUGGAACAUUGCUACUGUGUUCUGCUAUACAAAUAUUUUAGUGAGGAGUAUGAUGGCAGUUAGAAAACUCAGUUUGACUAAUACACUGUGAGAAUAAGACUGAAUUUUGUAAGUAGUAAAUGCUUUAGUUAUAAUACCAGCUGUAAGGAAUUCUUGAAUUCUUCUCUGGAAUGAUUGCAGUAUUUUGAAAUUUGUUAGUGGGAGUGAAAGGUUUGAGGGUGUUUUGGUCAGUAUAGCCUAUACAGUCAAAUUCAGUAUAGCUACAAGUUAUAGAGAAUCACUAAAAUCAUUAUCUGUAAUUGGAGUAGUAUUAGUAGUUUUAUAUGUUCUUGGUACUGAAACUACCGUAUAUGUCGGCGUAUAAGUCGACCCUUUAGCCCCUAAAAAUCAUGCCAAAAUUAGGGGGUCGACGUAUCUAACGGUAACAAAAAGUGAAUUUUUAUUAUUUUGGCAUAUCGGUACAGGAAUCCAGGCUUUACAGUUGGCUAAUAACAAUGACAGCCUUGUUGAGGUAACUAUGUACGUAAAUACCAGUAUUAAAAACAUUUCACACUGUAAUACGACAAUAAUAAUACAUUAGAACAUCCAUUACCUUAAAUAAAAUGAAAAAAAUCAAAGUAACUUGAAGAAACCCCAUUCGCACAGCAAGUGUAAACAUUGCGUAGUCAUUUAAAGUACCGUAGUUGAGAAGGAUGCGUUCACUCUGACAGUUUUGUAUUUACCGGGGUAUUGUUCAAAAACAUUUAUGGUAUGAAAUCUUUAUUUAUCACAUAAAAUAAAAUAAAAAAAAUUGUAUUUAAUGGUAAAUAUGUAUUUAAAAUCCUUCAAAAUUACUUGAGUCAUCGUCACUUGAAUUAAACAAUUCAUCAAACAUUAACUUGAGUGGCAGUUUGUACAUACAUAUAUACGUAGGCUGUUAUGCAGCGUUAGUUAGCACUUUGUUUGUUUACAUUACACUCGAGUAACGUAUCUUUCGUUUCGUCAUUUCUAAUCAUAUUUGCAGGUAUUCAUCUUUUAUAUAUUACACAGAUUUGUUAAUAUACCGAGUAUAUUACCUGUAUUUCAUAUGGUAAGUAGAGCAACAUAUGUACCGUAAUAACAUUCAGGUUAUUUUAUAUGAUACGUUUUACCCUGCUGCUUAUAUUGAGCGUAUGGUUGGCCUCACAUUUUAUAGGUCGACUAAUAUACCCGAUAUUAGUUAAAAUCAUAAAAAUUUACUCAGAAUAGGGGGGUCGACUUAUCUUCCGGUCGACUUAUACGCCGAAAUAUACGGUACCUAAUUUUGGGAUUUUUGUAGUAUGCAAUCAAU